AUGCUUUUUAUCUCCACUGUUAUUACCCUCGCGGCCGUGAUCUCCCCCGCCUUCGCCGCCGAGUGCUACUACCAAUCGGGCGGCACCAACUGUGUGAACAAGGCCGAACUCCAGAACCACGCUAGGCGGUGGUGUGACGUCCACUAUAGUCUGAUUGAUGGAAACUGGGACGAGUUCCAUGAUUCUCAGGGAAAUACAGCCUUGCUCGGGAAGAUUGGCAAUUUCGAGAGCUCAGCGGACUGCCAAGCUGCGUACGCGAACAUUAUAAGUGAAUGCUAUGGUACUAAGAAUGGUGGCUCCUGGACUUAUCUUGCCAGUCUCAACAUUGACUUCUGCAGCUGGCCGUCACUUUCUUGA